AGACACAAUAGCCUUCAAAGCAUCAAACUUUUCCCCGUAUAAACCGCUGGCCUUGUCUAUUAUGUGUCAUUCCAUUGCCUCUUUUCCAAACUGAAGACAAAUUGUUUUACUUGGGUGGCUCUAGUUUGUAAUGGCGAAAAUGGUAGGCCUACGUUUCGAACUGAAUUGGUGAAUUUUCACCGAGAAGUUGUGUGAUUUAAAAGUUAAUACUUUUGGCAAAGAGUUCAAUUAUUGGGUUCUAGUCUGCUACGUCAUACAUUGGCAGGAAACAUUAUCUAAACAGCCGGGCCUUCCGCUCCAAGUUGAAUUCAUUGGCACCCAUUUUGUCCGUAAACUUUAUCUUUCUACUUCUACAGAAACACAGGUGUUGCCAGCGCCCUUGCCCGAAAGUAUUAAGAUAAUGUCUUGAGUAGAGUCAGAACACAUACUUAUGUACUUUCUUGGUGUUGUUUUGGAUGACGUGGCUACAUUAACCCCUGUUAUCUGUGUUCGUUCAUGCGCCGUAUUAGUAAAAACAGAACCGUGUUACCUCUCUAUUAGAAGCUGCGCAAUUGUUGUCUGUCGCUCAUUGCACACAAGUCACCAACAGUGCAUAGAAUCAGUACUAAAUUUGCCAGUGGCACAAGCGGAAUAAUCACUCAAAAGCUGUAACUGUGAAAAACUUUCGACGAACCAGGAAGUCUACUCUUUGGAUUAGCCUGCCCCAUACGUCCGAAUCAGCAAUGCUUUUGCCAGAAGUUUUCAGAAGAUUAAAGUGUUUGUGAUCACGAAUAUUCCAACGACAAGUAAAACGGAUUUGUUACAGGAGUUGUAUAUUUAUCUUUUUGCCGUUGUUGAAGUCGUGAUCGACCAUGCCAAACUGGUGGUGUGGGCCAAAACUCCGCGUUCCAAAAUGGAUGGCCCCGACAAUCGAAGGUGCGAGGACGUCGUUUCGUCGUCGUAUGGGCACGGUAAACAGCCAGGACAGUUCGUUUCGUCGUCGGCUUCGUACACUGAGCGACAACGACUACGGGUCUCGAUUUCGAGACUCGAUUCGACGCGGUCGUCGAACGAUGUCGCUCCGGAGUUUGAACAGGAGUAGGAGUGACUGGACGCUGAGACGGACGCAGUCGUUUAGAGAUUCGAUGCACUUCCGAAGACGGGAUGGGAAUUCAACCCGACGACGAGACACGACGCUGAGAAGAAAGCGAACCACGGCCGAUAUUAGGAUUAUUCGGCGAUCAUUCUGCCACACGUCAGCGUCUGAGCCUAAUUUAAGCACGACUAUUUCAGGCGAGGACGGCAACGCAGAGGAGACUGAACUCGACGAGAUGACGAAACAAGCAGACAACCUCCGGAGGGAGUAUGAACAAAUGCAAUUUCAGGAGAAAUGGCGGGAUGACAUGCUCCUCAAGCUUCAUCAGCAGAACCUAACACUCAGCGCAGAGGAGAUGCAACUUGCUUCCAAUACCACAUCAUUCAAUGGAGUGAAAAGAAGAGCUGACUCGCUGCUGGACCAGAUCCGAGUCCUGAUCAGGAAGUUCCUGGUCCUGGCCCAAGGUGAUCCAGGUCUUGUGGAGGCUUGUUUUCUGAUUGUUCAGGAAGAAGAAAGGAGAGAUGAAGAUGCGGCCAAGUGUAAAGAAGAGAAGGGAUUCAUCACCCCAGACAGACCCAAGAAAUGGAAAGACAAGAUUCUGACCGAGCUCAGAAAAGUUCCACUUCUCAGAGUGGAGAAUACACCUCAGCAAGACAGAACAGAUGAUCGGAACUGGCUAGCACUACACAUGGAGCUCAUGAGUCAAAAACUGCGAGAGGAUCUGAAAAUUCUCAAGGGUCUCUUUUCGGCGUGCCAUUCGCUGGACAGUGAUAUCGCACAGUUCUUCAUAGAUGCCUACUAUGAGUACAUGACACAACACAUUCAAGAUAUUGUGUCUACGGGGCUUCGACACAGUGAGAUAAUUCAACUAUUGAGCUGGCUAACGGAACACAAGAACGAAAUGAGAAGACUGAAUGUAUCGUUUAUCGAAGGUGUAAGCUUGGAUAAGGCUGCAGAGAGUAUCCUUCCAGAACACUCGAGGAAAGAGCUGGAACAAAGUUACUUGAAGACAGUACAUAGCAAUCUCAAGCAAUGGGCCAAGGACGCUUUGCAGAAGGAGAGAGAGGAUUGGCAGAGCGAAGACUAUUCACCGAAGCAGGAUAAAGAUGGAUACCUGUACACAGAAUUCCCCGUCCAUUUAUUCGACUUACUCAGGCAAAACCUUGAGGUGGCCCGUGAGAUCAGUCCAGGAACCUACAAAGCAUUGCUAGGAUACUGCCUAGAUGAAGUCAGAGACAUUGUACAGCACUAUGCAGCGGCCGUGAAGGUCUACAUUCCCACGAGGUCGGUAUCGACGACGCCUCCGUCGUCACCACAGCCAUCGCCGAAGUCGGCCCAGCUGGUGAAGAAGAUAAGGAAGACCGUGGAGCCGCACCUGUCGACCACGGCAGCGGAGGAGAAACGAUGUCAGCUCAACAAACCAAAGUUCUACGUGCAAUACUCGGUGGCAGCCUUGAAUAAUUUCGGGACAAUCAUCGAGCACUCCCAACUCUUCAAUCAACAGCGCCCUCAGAGUGAGAAGAAGAACCCCAAACAGACGGACGAAGAUGAGGACGAUUUCACAUACAUACUCAACAUGAUGAGAAGACUUGCUAAAGAAUGCUUUGAGAAGUUCACGAAUGACCUCUACGCUGAGAUCAAGCCACUCCUACGAUUAGUCGGCACCAAACAAUGGUUUGUUCAAAAUGGCACGUCAUGUAUUGGCGAAGUGUGCGACAUCAUCACAUCCUACACACUCCAGCUCAGAAAACAGUUCAUGGGUGACUGGAGGGAGAAGUUAGAACAGUACAUGCUCCAGGAAUACACCAAGAGUUUCAGUCGAAGGACUGCGUGUAUCACGUGCAAGAAUGCCAAGGAGAGACAGAGUGUUGCCGAGCAGAUCUCGUGGGAGUGCGAUCAGAUCGAAAACACACUUCUUUCCCUCCAAAGAGAGGCAGAGGUUCACAUAUCCGUCUUCAACAUACUCAGACAGAUGUCAGAGGUCAUUCACCUGAGUGACAAAUCAACUAUUGUACUUGAAGUAACAAGCCUUGUCAUGAAACACCCCGAAACGACAAGGAGGCAGCUGAAAGCCGUCCUAAGACUCAGAGGUGAUCUCAAGAAAGCCAAGAUAAAGAAGAUCAUCACGAACACCAUGGCGAUUGAUGAUAACGAUAGUAUCGGUUACUGCUCCGGAGAGUCGGCUGUGUCGUGUGCUACCACAGUGGGCCUGGGGUCUCCAUAAAUUUGACUGCAAUCGCGGCCGAUGUGAAUCCGACUAUCAUGAAUCCGGCCUGAAUUCUUGAAAGCCAUCUAACUUUAGGGAAAUUUGAUAUUAAUCUUGCCUGAAUGUGCAGACUUGGUACACCGAGAGAUGGAGUUUCAAAUGUCGGCCUUUACUACGUCCUGUACAAACCAGUGAGAGAGAGAGAGAGCGAGAGAGAGAGAGAGAGACAGA